GCCGGAGUGAAAACAUUUGCGAGAAUGUCAACUCUCAAGUUCCUAAUUGGCCUAAGUCUCCUUGCCCUGGCAUGGAGUGCCGCUGUUCCGGGCAAGGCACCCGUGGACGAGGAGCGGAUGCAUCCUCAUCUGCCAAGCAGUCCGCGACUUCGCAUGGUUUCUGGAGAGGAAACCUCCGAGUACUGGCUCUCGGCCAGCAAGAAGCUGAUUCGUGAAAAACUAAACUUUGUGAGGAACACAAACAAAGCCAAGAAUGUCAUCCUCUUCCUGGGCGAUGGCAUGGGAUUGGCUACCUUGGCUGCAGCUAGAAGUUACAUUGGCGGCGAGGAACUGAAGCUAUCCUUUGAGGAGUUCCCCUUCACGGGUCUGUCCAAGACGUAUUCCGUGGAUAAAAUUGUGCCAGACAGUGCUUGUACCUCCACCUCGUACCUGUGCGGAGUGAAAGCCAACUAUGGAACCAUUGGUGUCAAUGCUCACGUGAAGAGAGGUGACUGCCUGGCCAUGGCCAAUGAAACGAAUCAUGUUUUCUCCCUGGGCAAGUGGGCCAUGGAUGCGGGAAAAGCUGCCGGUUUGGUGACCACCACUCGUGUUACUCAUGCCUCUCCAGCGGGAAUCUAUGCCCAUGUUGCGGAUCGUGAGUGGGAGAAUAAUGCCGUCUUGGAGGAAGCCUGCGGUGAGCAAGCUGAGGGUCUGGAGGACAUUGCCGUCCAACUCAUCCAUGGUGAAGUGGGCAGCAAGCUGAAGGUGAUGCUAGGCGGUGGCAAACGAAGCUUCUACAGUCCGGAGCAUUAUGACAAUGGCCGACGCACCGAUGGGCGCAAUCUUGUUGAGGAAUUCGAGACUCUGGAUAAGGGCAACACAUUUGUGAAGACACAAAAGAAGCUGCUUAAUGUGAAUGCCACCGAAACCGGAAGAUUGCUGGGUUUGUUUAGCAAGAGUCACAUGCACUACCAUGUGGAGCAGCUAGCGGAUCCGGAUAACAAUGAACCCACUUUGGAGGAGAUGACCGAGAAGGCCAUUGAGGUCCUACAGACCGAGGAGCAGGGAUACUUCCUCUUCGUUGAAGGUGGCAAGAUUGAUAUUAGUCAUCACGAUACCAUGGCUAGGAUUGCCUUGGACGAGACAGCGGAGCUAUCGAAGGCGGUGAGGAAAGCCAGGGAGAUGACUAAUCCAGAGGAUACCCUCAUUGUGGUCACCUCCGAUCAUUCGCACACAUUCAGUGUGGCUGGAUAUCAACCUCGUGGCAGCGACAUCUUUGGACCCUCCAAUCGGAAGGGUAAAGAUGGAAAACCCUACAUGGCAUUGAGCUAUGCCAAUGGCAAGAGUUUCGAGGAUUACUACGACACGGAGACGCAUGAGCGUAAGGAUCCCACCACUCUGUCCACGAUUGGGGACAUGGAUCAGCUAUUUCCGGCAAUGGUGCCCCUGGAAUCGGAGACACAUGGCGGCGAGGAUGUCGGGGUAUUCGCCUCCGGUCCUUGGGCUCAUCUUUUCACCGGAGUCUAUGAGCAAAACACCAUUCCCCAUAUCAUGGCCUUUGCUGCCUGUGUGGGCGAUGGUUUAACCGCUUGCAAUCAAUAGGAUUAAAUGGGAAGAUGAUUGACAGACCGAAGGACUCUCAAUUAAGUGGACGAUUCUCACGUACAUGCUAUCGUGUUAAAUGAAUACUCAAAAAGGUGACAGGUGCUCCUCGGUUAGUGCACACACAUGGCACUCGAGUUGGAGAAAUCAGAUCGGGGAUUAGUUGCUUCCCUAUCAAUGUGAAAACCCAAAUAUAUAUAUAUUAUGUGUACCUAUACGCUUAUUUGUCUGAUUAUAACCAGACAUUCGACAAUUCUGAUUCAAUCCGAUUAAAGUUAUUAGAUUUUAUUCAA